AUGGACGUCCCCUCUUCCCCACGUCGCCUCCCUCCUCGAAACCCCACACAAUCCUCCUCCUCGCCACCAAAACAUACCACCGAGAUUUCUCCUUUAGCACCCCCACCACCGCUUCAUACCCGCUCCAAUAAUGAAUCAUGGGACCCACAGCCAUCUUCUGAGGAGUUUACUACCCCUUCAUCCUCCCCGUCAAAGGGGAACACAGCACUGGUAGAGGUGUUUGACAGAUCCCUCCAGCUCACACCUAGUUCUUCGCCUACAAAACCGCAAGCAGUGCCUUCUAAGAGGAUGCUCCAGGCAAUUGAUGAGGAUGGAAACGGAGGUGGCGCGGGUGUCGUGCGAAUGGAUGGCGAGAAGCCAAGUAGGAAGCACAAUAAAGAAAAUGCGCCACCUUUCUCCAGGGCAACAGAAGUUUCGCAGCGGGGCAAUGCAAGCCCGGGAUUACAGAGAUCGCAUGCCCAGAGCAGACGGACUUAUGAUCCGUUCAGAGAUAUGACUAUCAACGAGAUUGAGAAACUGUCCAAACCGCAGGUUAAAAGGUUGAAGGACGUUGCCCAUUUGUACUUCUAUGACUACUAUUACAACUUAGUUACCUAUGUUCACACACGGCGAAAGCGCACGGAGGACUGGAAAGCCCAGCAUGAGAACCUCAGUACCGAAGAGAUCAAGCCGGCGUGGUCGCGAUUUGCCGGACGGGAACGUGUUGCUCUCCGGAAACGCCGUACAAGACUGCGCAAGGGCGAUUUUCAGGUAUUGACACAGGUUGGACAGGGUGGUUAUGGUCAGGUUUUCCUUGCAGAACACAAGGAGACUAAGGAAGUAUGCGCUUUGAAAGUCAUGAGCAAGAAACUUCUCUUUAAAUUGGAUGAAAUCAGACACGUCUUGACCGAGCGGGAUAUCUUGACAGCUGCCAAAAGUGAUUGGCUGGUGAAAUUGCUCUACGCAUUCCAGGAUGACGAUAGCAUCUAUCUUGCCAUGGAAUACGUUCCUGGUGGUGACUUCCGUACCUUAUUAAACAAUACCGGUGUCUUGCACUUUAACCAUGCCCGUUUCUACAUUGCUGAGAUGUUCGCCUCAGUCAAUGCUCUCCACGACUUGGGUUAUAUUCAUCGUGACUUGAAGCCUGAGAAUUUUCUUAUCGACUCCUCUGGGCAUAUUAAAUUGACAGACUUUGGACUAAGUGCUGGAAAACUAAGUCCGGACAGAAUGGAAAGUAUGAAGAUGCGGCUCGAUCAGGUUAAAGACAUGGAUAUCCCUGAGAGGUCAACAAUGGAGAGAAGGAGGGCCUAUAAGACGUUGAGGGAAACUGACGUUAACUAUGCAAAAUCAGUAGUUGGAAGUCCAGAUUAUAUGGCCCCAGAGGUCUUGAGAGGCACAGAAGAGUAUGACUUUACCGUCGACUAUUGGUCACUUGGCUGCAUGCUUUACGAAGCGUUGGCUGGAUAUCCGCCAUUUGCCGGGGCGACGGUACAAGAAACCUGGCACAACCUCAAGCACUGGAAAAAGGUGUUGCAUAAACCCGAGUACGAGAACCCAAAUUAUUACCUUUCCAAGCGUACCUGGGAUCUCAUAAUUCAUCUUGUUGCAUCUCGGGAUCAGAGGUUCCAAGACUUCAAAUCUGUUCAAUCGCACAGCUAUUUCUCAGAAGUGAACUGGAGCGAUCUCCGUGCAAAAGAACCACCUUUUGUGCCCGAGCUUGACAGUGAUAGGGAUGCUGGAUACUUUGAUGAUUUCAGUAAUGAAGCCGACAUGGCCAAAUACAAAGAGGUCCAUGACAAACAAACUGCACUGGAGAACAUGGAGGAGAGGAAGGACUCCAUGAGUAAAAUCGCAUUUGUCGGCUUCACAUUCAAGUAUAACUCCUUUCUCUAA